CAUGGCGUCGUAUAGAAGUGAGAGACGAGAUCCUCUUUUGUCUUUGGAACAGAUGCUCGCGGAAAAAACUACGCUGCGAACGCAAAAAGUAACGCACCGAAACAUUAUAUGUAUUGGGACAGAUCUUUUGAAGGAAAUUGAAGCAUUUAUGAAUAGUGAUAAAAAUGAAGCUGUUAAAAAAGCUAUAACGGAGACAGAAAUGAAACUGUUAGAAGAGAGAAAAAAUAUUAUCGACGAAAUCAUUGAAAAUAUGGCGAGAGAAAAUACAGAAUCUUUAGAGAAGGCAAGAAAGCAAGCAGAGAAAGAGAUAGAAAUAGUAAAAUAUCGAUGUGAGGUGGCUGAAAAAAAGCGUACCAGGUUGGCUCAGCAAAAAUAUGAAAAAGAAAAACAGAUUGCAUUACAAGAGGCAGAAGAAGAAGCAAGGAGGUUAAGAAAAGAUGCUGUAGAAAUGGCUGAACAUCAGUUGAGAGAGAUAAUGUUAGCUGAAGGUGAAGAGAAGACGAGAACAGCUGUUGAGAAAACUAAAUAUAAACUGGAGGAAGAAAGCAAGAUAAAGAUAUCGGAUGCAGUAAAAUAUACUAGAGAACAAUGUGACAGAACAGCUGCAGCGCGUUUAUCUGAAGUUGAGAAAAAACACAAGGAAGAAAUCACAGUAUUAAAAACAAGGUUAAAAGAUCUUGUUUGUGACUUUCAAAGGCAGAAAAACGAAAAGGAAGAAUAUGAGAACCUUUUUACUGAAUUGAGAGAAGAUUACAAGCGUUUUCAAAACUACACGCAAGGAUUUUGUUCGGAUUACCUUAUGAAAUAAUUGCCCUAUAGUUAGACUACAAGAAAAAUAAAUAGGUAUGUAUAUGUAUAUCAUUGUAAUGUAACAUAGCUUAUGUGCGUGUAAAUAUUAAUGCAUUUUAUACAUAUUUGAAUAUCGCAUAAUAUAUUUUGUAGUAUUUUUCAAGAAUAAUUAUUGUAGUUUAUGAACUAAUUAACUGCUUGAUUUUGACCAGCUAAUUUCACUGAACAGGAGUUUUACACUCAGAAACAACGCGUAUAGGAGUAUGAUUUAGUGAAAAUAAUUGGAAGCGCUUUUGGUCCAUGCUUGCACGGCUGACUCAUUGUCAUAUACGAUGCUUACCCUGGGGUAUGUGAUUUGUGAACGUAUAACACACAUACAAAUGCGACACUUUAAAUUCCACCCUGAACAAUAUGAAUGAGGAUUUGUGGCCCUCUUUUGCAUUCGUCAGAAUGAUAAUUUCACACAAUUUAUCGUGUAGUCUAAAUAGGCCUUUUGAAUUGCACUAAAUUAGCUUUCGUUUUACUAAAAAACAAAACAGUAUAUUCUACAGUGAAAAAAGAACGCCUUUUUGGGAAAUAGUACAGAGAAUAAAGUAUAAAGAUAUCAGAAAUAAAGUAUAAAGGUUUAAAGUAUAAAGAUAUCAGAAAUAGAAAAUCCCUUUAUUCGCUGAAUAUAUUAUGCGCUGAUAUGCGCCGUUUUAAUGUUUUCAAAAGUAACAAACUGUAAUAAUUUAUGUUCAUUAUCACUGACAUUAAGAAUCAAAAUUAUUAGCUAAUUUUUGUCAAUAUGAGAUUUCUGAAUGCCUUGAUAUUUGUUAAUUUUUUCCCUUUUUUGCAUUUUAAAACUUUUAUGUGAUAUUGUGAGGGUAGGUUGCAUUAAUAUAUAAUCGUGAUAAAAUCUUUCGAGCUUCUAUUAUGUAAACUUUAAGUCACUGAUAACUAUGAAAAGCCUAAGAAAAUGAUUGAGCAGCGCAUUAUUAAAUGUAUUUGAUUUCAGACCAAAGUGAUAAAAUAUUAACAAUGUCACGAGGUGACAUUCAUAUGUUGUUACAAUUACUCUAAAUGUAUCACAUGUGAUGUGUCGUUUAAUUAAACUUUAUUGGGA